AUGAUAAACCUAAACAUUUCGGGCAACAAUCUUGCGGGCAACGCAAGCGCAAACAGCUCAGAGAAGGGGGUGGUGGUUGGACCAACUAUUGGUUCGCUCUUGUUCUUAUUGGUCUUGGUUAUGCUUGCCAUCUUCAUUUCCAAGAAGCGGCCUCGAAAUGCGGUUCCUUGGAGUUCAUCUGUUAAUAGUGGCAAGUCAACGGCUCUUUUAGGACAGGAGAUCAAGAGUUGUUUCUCUCAUGUUGAUAUAGUGGGAAUCACCAACAACUUUGAGAAAGUCAUCGGUGGAGGAGGAUCUGGCAAUGUAUACUAUGGCCGACUUGAAAAUGGUUGUGAAGUUGCUGUCAAGGUACUAAAGAAUUCUCACUCACAAGGAACCAAGGAAUUUGUAGCAGAGGUGAAGCUAUUGAUGACAGUUCACCACAAAUGCUUAGUCUCCUUUGUUGGCUACUGUGAGGAAGGUGCAAAUCUGAUUGUUAUCUAUGAGCACAUGAGUGGUGGGGAUCUAAGGCAGCUGCUGUCAGGAAGGACUAGCACAUCUGCAUUUCUAACAUGGGAGAGAAGACUUCAGGUCGCACUGAGCAUUGCGGCAGGGUUGGACUAUUUGCACUCAGGAUGUAAUCCGCCGAUCAUUCACAGGGAUGUGAAAACAACAAAUAUUCUUUUGAAUGCAAAGAUGGAAGCAAAAGUAGCAGAUUUUGGAUUGUCCAAAGCUGGCAAAAAGGACGAUGUGACGCAUUUAUCAACUGUAGUUGCCGGCACACCCGGAUAUAUUGAUCCUGAGUAUUACUGUACAAACCUACUCACCAAGAAGAGCGACGUCUAUAGCUUCGGUGUGGUUCUAUUUGAGCUCAUAACUGGACGUACUCCAUUGUUCGAUGUAUCCGGAGAGCGUUUCCAUAUAGUUCAAUGGGCAACGGCAAGACUGGUUAGAGGGGACAUCCAGAGUGUUGCAGACCCUAAACUGGGUGCGCAAUAUGAAGUAAACUCCAUGUGGAAAGUUGCAGAUCUAGCAAUGUCCUGCACCUCUCAACAAUCUCAUUCAAGGCCCCGCAUGAGUGAUGUAGCAAUCCAACUGAAGGAGGCCAUCGAGGUAGAGACUUACUAUCGACAGAGGACUGGUUGCUCAUUUGCAGAGGUUCAACAUUCAUCGUCAUCUUCUUAUGAAGUUUCCAGCUCAUUUCCUUCAGCUUCGUUUCUACCACCAGCCAGAUAGUCAUCCACCAAACAUGUCCUGCAAUUAUGAGGCGAUGCAGCCGACAAAUGGGUCACUAAGUGCUUUUAUGA